AUGGAACUUCCUCUGCAGUCUGGUUUUUGGGUCUACGUCACUUCUGAGCAAUUAAUUGCGCUCUUUCUUGCAGUUGUGUCUUAUGCUCUGAUCCGCUGUGUUUAUCACUUGUAUUUUCACCCUGCUGCCCGGUUCCCAGGUCCUACAAUUGCUGCCAUUUCGAAUGUAUGGUACGCAUACCACUGGUUGACAGGGAAAUAUGCGAUGGCGAUUGAAAAGGCUUUUGAAGAAUAUGGCGAUGUUGUUCGUAUAGCUCCUAAUGAAGUCGCAUUUAUCACACUUAAGGCGGCAUCAGACAUUUAUGCCUCGCACACCAAGAAUCAGGAGCAUUUUACGAAAACAGUUUUCGUCGACACGGGCGACAAAUACCGCGGUGUCGUUUGGGAGACGGAUCCUACUAAACAUCGUCAAAUGGCCAAGAUGAUAGCUCCAACAUUUAGCAUGAAGUCGAUUAAGGCGAAAGAACCUAUUAUGCAUACAUACAUUGAUAAGUUCGUACAGAAGAUGAAGGAGUUUGGAAAUGAAGACGCCGGCAUAGAGCUUAAGAAGUGGGCGGACUGGCUUGUCAUGGAUAUCUCUGCAGAACUAGCCUAUAGUCGUAAGAUGAAUCAGAUGGAAGAUAUGAAGAGUGCUCCACUUCUUGAAGUCCUAUGGCGGGCGAACUAUUUCUUGAUGGCACAUCAAAUCUGCAAGAAGUUUCCCCUUCUCAGUCCUAUUCAAUUUCUUUUCGUAUCGCCUUCAGCUGUCCUGAACGAAAUCCGGGCCAGGAAAUUGACAACAAAGGAACUUGAGAUACGUAUCGAGCGUCGAGGGAAGACGACGCAUGUGGACCACUUUGACCACUUGCUCCCAGUUGGCGCUCCAAUGCCUACAGCGGAAGAAAAGAAGCAACUCAAUAUGAAUGCCUUGCAGAUGCUUCUUGGAGGCUGGGAGCAGAUCUCAAGCGAGUGUUUGGGCACGAUCAUGUUUUCCUUGCAGGAACAUGAGACCUACAAGAGACUGGUAACCGAAGUCAGGGAAAAUUUCACGAGAUAUGAAGACAUUACCCCAGAAGCUUUGGCUCCGCUUAACUACUUGAAUGGCGCGCUUAUGGAAACAUUACGUUUCAUGGCACUUGGCACAGGCUUACCACGUCUAAGCCCUGGUGCUAUGGUUGAUGGAAACUACGUUGCUAAAGGAGUGUGCGUUCAAUAUGGCCACUUUGCUUUCACACGCAGUCCUCGCUACUUCCAUGAUCCCCGCAGCUACAAGCCAGAGCGUUGGCUACCAGAAAGCCAUCCAUAUUGGGAACCCGCUUUCAAAUCAGAUGCUAGAGAAAGCUUCUUUCCAUUUAACCAAGGACCAAGAGUCUGUCCAGGAAGCACCCUAGCAUGGCAUGAAAUGAGAUUGAUAAUUGCAAACACAUUGCCCGAGCAGAAGAACAUUGUCUUUGACAGGGAGUUUACUAUAUGUGCAAUGUGGGAAAAACCGGAUUUCUGGGUUCGAUUUCAUCCAGUGAUGCGAGAUGAGUGA